AUGAGCCAGGCGAGGCCGCCUUUCAGGCGCCCCUAUAGAUUGGCUCAUCAGUCAUUGUGCAUCACACAAAUUGAUUUUUCCCAGCAGCUCGUGCUCGGCUUUACCCAGCUUGUGAUCUGGCCUCGAACCACCAGCGUGCGUCAAGUAUUCCUCAACGUCCGCCAGUGCCGUAUUCAUCGAGUGCUUGUUGAGUCUGCUGAUGAGCACUUCCAUUCCUCCCUAGACUCUUCUCAGUCGUUUACUUGCCCGCCUCCCACAGAUGUGCCAACCAACUACACUGACCCUUGUCUGGAAAUAUCUAAACGCGACUGUAAAUUACGAACGUUAGAUAGCUUUGAGCGACGGCAGACCUCAGUUGUCGCGUCCACUGACCCGGACGAAGGUAAUGGGGAAUUGUCUAUUCGUAUUCCGCCAGCUUUCCUGAGCAUCGUCUUUGAUCUACGACCACUCCUCAUCACCGUGGAGUUUUCUCUCUCGAAGCCGAAAUAUGGACUUCAAUUUGUCCUGCCGAACGCUGGCGACUCAUACUCUACUGCGGGAAUGCAUGCCUUCACUUCUGGUCCACCAAACGCCUCUCGACUCUGGUUUCCCUGCAUCGACUGCAGUGAGCCCUGCACCUGGAAGAUCGAGAUUACGGUAGACGAGGAUCUGGUUGCGAUUGCGCCUGGCCAACUCCUCGGUCCACCUCAGUACACCAACGAUUUGCGAUCUAAGACUUACCAAUUCUACAUGGCGCAGCCCGUCUCGGCGCCCUACAUUGGCCUGGCCGUCGGGGCAUUUGAAAUUUACCCCGAUCCUUUACUGCCAAAUGCGGCGACACACUUCUGCCCCAAGGGACUGCUGCCCCUUCUUGAGCACACAAUAUCAUCUGUUGCCGGCAUUGUCGAGCACUACGAAGCAAUUUUGGCUUCGCAGUUUCCUUUUUAUAACCUAAAGACAGUGUUUGUGGAUCGAGCGUUUGACGACCACCAGUCCUUCGCCUCAUUCAUAGUCUUCUCGGUAGACCUGUUGCAUUCAGCACGCAUAAUUGACCAAGCCAUUACCACAAGACGUAUCUUUUCCUUCGCGGUGGCCCAACAGUUCUUUGGUUGCGCGCUCCAAAUGGAAACCUGGGCUGCCGCCUGGCUGCCCUACGGUAUUGCUGGUUACCUCUCGGGACUCUACCUGAAGCGGAUUCUUGGCAACAAUGAAUACCGCAACUUCAUUGCCAAUGAGAUGCACGCGGUAACAAAUUAUGAGCACAUCAAACAUGGCGUUAUACUGGAUCCGUCGACCGUCGUCCUGAAGAGUACUUACUUUAGUCUCAAAUUUCCCCAGGUAAUUCAAUCUUUCAGUUCGUUAAAAAGAGACUGCUCAGCUCACAUUUGUUGUUUUAAAUCUGUUUCCGUGGCAAGUGAUUAUAACUUAGAGUAUCAUUGCAUUCACACAGUCGACCAAGUGGACCUCAUCUUUUGUACUUGCAAUCGUUAG